UCAAAUUACAGCGUUUCCUCUCUGCAUCUCUAAUUCGAGCCCUCGCGACGCUCACUCAGGUCAGCCUUACCUCUUUCCUUUACUCCUCUUCUAAUUUCUCUGGUUAGAGGCCUUUUGUUCUUUGUUUCGAAUUUCUGUUAUCCUAGUUGUUUCGGUUUUCAACACCUUCUUCGCCGGGCUUGUCUGUAUUCGAUAGGAAUUUUAUAAUAUGGCUAGGAAAUACAGUGAAUCGACUGAUGAUGAUUCGCGAGAUGAGAGUGAUGGGCGUCGUAAUCGUGAUAGCAGGCAUUCUAGGUCAGAUAGAGAUAGGGGAAGGCGUGGAAGAGAAAGAGACAGGAAUUAUGAUGAGGAGGAGGAGAAUAGGCGGAGAGAGCAUUCUGGAUCUUCUGAUGAGGAAGAAGGCAAGCGUGGUAAUAGAGAUAGAAGGCGCGGAAACGAAAGGGAAAGAGGACAAGAGAGGAAUCAAGAUGGCGAUGGUGAUGAGAAUCGGCGGAGAGAACGCUUUGGAGCUUUUGAUGAAGAAGACAAGCGUGCCAAUAGAGAUAGGAAGCGAGAAAGAGAAAGAAUUCGUGAUGAUGAUGUUAAGGAUAGGCGGAGAGAACAUUCGGGAUCUUCUGAUGAAGAAGACGAGCUUGGCAAUAGAGAUGGAAGGCGAGAAAGAGAAAAAAUUCAUGAUGAUGAGGAGGAGAAUAGGCGGAGAGAGCAUUCUGGAUCUUCUGAUGAGGAAGAAGGCAAACAUGCUAAUAGAGGUAGGAGGCGCGAAAGUGAAAGAGGAAGAGGAAAAGAAAGAAAUCAAGAUGGUGAUGUUGGUGAGAAUAGGCAGAGAGAACGUCCUGGAUCUUUUGAUGAAGAAGACAAGUCUGCCAAUAGAGAUAGAAAACGAGAAAGACAAAGAAUUCAUGAUGGUGAUGCUAAGAAUAGGUGGAGAGAACACUCUGGGUCUUCGGAUGAAGAAGAUAAGCUUGACAAUAGAGAUAGAAGGAGAGAAAGACAAGGAAUUCGUGAUGAUGAUGGUAAGAGUAGGCGGAGAGAACAUUCUAGAUCUUCUGAUGAAGAAGAAGACAAGCAUGCUGCUAGAGAUAGAAGGCGAGAAAGAGAGAGACUUCGUGAUGAUGAUAGGAAUAGGCGGAGAGAUGCAGUGGAGGAAAAUUCUGAGUCCUCUGAUGAGGAAGAGAAGAGAGCCAAGAGAGAUAGGAGGGGAGAAAGGGAUAGAAGUAAUAGGCUUGACAAUGGACAUAGGGAUAGGCAUAACCAUAGACAGCGGGAAUCUGAAGAAGAUAGGUACAGACAUAGGGACCGACACCGUCAUUCACGGCAUGAUUCAGAUGAUAAUGAGGAUUACAGAAGAAGGUCCCAAAGAAAUAAAGAGCGUGAGAAUAAAAGUGAUAGGAGAGACAAUGAUAAUCAGCCAAGCCGUAGAAGCAGAGAUGUCAACAGUUUUAAGGAGAAAGAAGAAGUAGAAAUCAAGCAGAAACAACCAGCUUUGCAACAAACCAACCUGAAUGGUGAUACGGUGAAUUUAGGUAGGAGUGGAGGAGUUUAUAUUCCUCCAUUUAAGUUGGCAAGAAUGAUGAAAGAGACAGAAGAUAAGAGCAGUGUUGAAUAUCAGCGAUUAACAUGGGAUGCGCUUAGGAAAAGUAUCAAUGGACUAGUUAACAAAGUCAAUGCUACUAAUAUAAAGAACAUUAUUCCAGAACUGUUUGCUGAGAAUCUUAUUCGAGGAAGGGGUCUCUUUUCUUCAUGUAUGAAAUCUCAGAUGGCAUCUCCGGGGUUCACAGAUGUUUUUGCUGCAUUGGUGGCUGUGUUAACACCAAGUUUCCUGAGGUGGGGGUUUGUUGUUGAGAAGGAUUGUUUGCAGCUUAAGAGAGCAUACAAGCGGAAUGACAAGCCUCAAUUAUUAGCUGCUGUUAAAUUUAUAGCACAUCUUGUGAACCAGCAAGUGGCUCAUGAGAUUAUUGCUUUGGAACUGCUCACUGUUUUGCUGGAGAACCCUACUGAUGACAGUGUUGAGGUGGCUGUUGGUUUUAUUACCGAGUGUGGAUCAUUACUUCAGGAUCUCUCACCAAAAGGCCUCCAUGGUAUUUUUGAGCGUUUUCGGGGCAUUCUUCAUGAAGGGGAGAUAGAUAAACGUGUUCAAUUUCUGAUAGAGGGCUUAUUUGCUAUAAGGAAAGCCAAGUUUCAGGGGUACCCUGCUGUUCGUUCAGAACUAGACCUUGUUGAGAACGAGGACCAAUUAACUCAUGAAAUAUCUCUCCAAGAUGAGAUAGAUCCAGAGAUCACCCUUGACAUUUUUAAACCAGAUCCUCAGUUCUUGGAGAAUGAAAAGCGUUAUGAAGAGUUGAAGAAAACCAUUCUUGGUGAGGAAUCCGAUGAUGAAGAGGGGUCUGAUGUGGCUUCUGGUGAUGAGGAGGAUGACGAUGAUGAUGAUGAAACUGAUGAAGAAGAUGAGCAGCAGAUGAAAAUAAAAGAUGAGACAGAGACAAACCUUAUAAACCUUCGGAGGACAAUCUACCUGACAAUCAUGUCCAGUGUAGAUUUUGAAGAGGCUGGACACAAGCUGCUGAAAAUUAAGCUUGAGCCAGGUCAAGAGAUGGAGUUAUGUGUUAUGCUGUUGGAGUGCUGCAGUCAAGAGAGAACUUACCUUCGAUAUUAUGGUCUUCUGGGGCAGCGUUUUUGCAUGAUCAACAAAGUCUAUCAGGAAAAUUUUGAUAAAUGCUUCGUUCAGCAGUAUUCUAUGAUUCAUCGUCUUGAAACAAACAAGUUACGUAAUGUGGCGAAGUUUUUUGCACAUUUACUUGGCACAGAUGCUCUGCCCUGGCAUGUGGUAGCCUAUAUACGAUUAACUGAGGAAGACACAACUUCUUCUUCCCGAAUUUUCAUCAAGAUUCUCUUCCAGGAAUUAUCAGAGCAUCUUGGAAUUCGCAGACUGAAUGAGCGGCUUUCAGAUCCCACGAUGCAGGAUUCAUUUGAAUCUAUUUUCCCAAGAGAUAAUCCCAAGAACACGCGAUUUUCCAUCAACUUUUUCACUUCCAUUGGGCUUGGUGGUAUCACUGAGAAUUUGCGUGAGUAUUUGAAGAACAUGCCACGGCUUAUCAUGCAACAACAGAAAACAGCAUCUGAUUCAGAAGCAGAACCAGAAUCUGGGGGCUCGAGCCCGUCUGAAUCUGGGGGCAUGAGUUCAUCUGAUUCAGAAACUGCUAGUUCUGACUCAGAGUCAAAUUCAUCAAGUUCCGAUGAAAGUGAAAGACACAGAAAGAGGAGGAGGAGAUGAGGUAGUGGCCUUUUCACUGAGGAGUUUAUUUUCAGGCUUAUGUAUCUUUAUACCUGUUGGUUGCUUACUGUCCAACUUUUGACAUAUCUUGUUAUUCUGCUUUAGCAGAGUUUUCCUUAGAUAGUCAAAUAUAACUGUAAUUUUGUAUGUUAAUAGAGCCAAAUAAUUUAUGGCCACUAUUUUGCAGCUUGUAGUUUGCUUUGAGAUUGAGACACAUCACCCAUGGCAUUAUUCUUUGGUUGUUAUGUUUUCUCGACAUGGCUGAGCAGGUUGCUUAGGUACUUUGUACUUUCAAAAUUCGUGGAAAGACUAUGAUUGAUGGCU